GAAUAUUUUUAUUUGUGUGUAUUUAUUUGUGUGUCCUGGGGCCCCUUCAUUUGUGAGAGGUCGCCGAGGAGGCGCUGCAGGCGGAGCUGGACGAGCACGUGCAGGAGCUGCUGCGCCUGGAGGAGCAGCUGCGGCGGCUGCAGAGCGGCCCCGCGGCGGAGCCCGCCGCCGCGGAUCGUGCGGAGCCCGCCGCCCGCCUGGAGGACCUCGCCGUCGAGCGCCUUUGCCUCUUCUUGCCCGCGGCCGACCUGGCCGCCCUGCAGACCGCUGGGGGCGCAUCCGGCCGGAGGGUGUCUGGGCUGCUCGAGGGGCUGGCCCGGCGGCGACGCGCGGCGCCCUGCCCGGAGCCGCCGCUCCUGCUGUCGCUCCUGCGUUUCUCGCACUGCCUGCAGGCGCCCCGCCUGGAGCCCUGCGCGGGCGGGACCGCGGCGAGGGGCGCCCGCGGCCACCUCAUCUCGAUCACUGGACCCUCGGUGCGCCGGCUGCCGGAGGCGUGGGUGGGGCCGCCUGGCUCCGAGGCGUGGUGCCCUCUGCGCCUGGAGGGCGUGCCGCUCGGCCCGCGGCCGAGCCACCCGGGGGGGGACCCCGCGCGCGGGGGGCCCUACGGCUGCGCCUGGGACCUGGGGGCGCACGUCACGCCGCGGCUACUGCAGCUGGACGUGCUGUGCCGCGGCGCGCCCGGGCGCCCGGGCCGCGGGGUGGGCCUCAGCCUGGUGGAUACCGCUGUGCCGGAGCAGCCGCUCUUCUCCCUGGGGCUGCCCUCUGGCUGUGCGCCCCCUGGCAUGCCCACCGCCCACGACGCCGAGCACGCCGCCGCCGCGGGCGCCGCCGUGCACCGCCCGGGCUCCCUGCGCGCCUCCGUGCGCGACGUGGUCCGGUGCGCCGGCAAGGCCAGCGCGUGGGCCUACCGGCAGCGCGCGUGGCCCCUGGGCGCUGGCGCCCCGGCGGAGGGCCCCCGUCAGGAGGGCGCCGCGACGUCCGGGCUGAGCGAGCGCCUGCGGCUGCACGUCGAGUUCGACUGGGAGGCGAGCUCCUGCGCCGCGCUGGUGGACGGGCGCGUGGAGGGCCCCUUCGGGUUCGCCGAGUUCGGCGGCGCCGAGCCCACGGUGGACCAGGUGCGGCUCCAGCUGUCCCCAGAGAUGGGCGUCGACUUCGCGCAGCUCCUCGUCGCCUAGGAGGGUGGCCAGCGCCGCAGCCGAGUGUCCACAGAGGAAAGAACUGGCAGCCUGGCCGGCUUCUGCACUGCUGGCACUGGCAGCGGCGAUGGCAGCGUCGGCGAGGCCCGGUUCGGCCCGCUGCGGGCCGUUCUCUCCCGGCGCUCCGGGCGCCGCGGACCACUGAGACCCGACGCCGCCCAACAAACGGCAGCCUCGCGAGAUGGCCCCCCCGUGGGGCACGAGGCCGGGCGACGGCGGCCCGACGUCGGGCUCCCGGGGGCCGGCCGUGGCCCGCGGCGGGCUGCUCUCCCCGGGCUGGGCGCUCCGGGCGGGGCGCUCCGCCGCGGCCGCGGGCCCGCGCUCUCGGCCG